AUGAAGAGUACACAACAACUUGGGCAAGAGGCUCGCGAAUUUGAGUUCAAUCCAAACAUCCCACUCCAUCUGUACCUGAAGACAUGCGUCACCUUGCUGAAUAAUGCGUCGGAAUGUUUUCAACGUGGUGACAAGUCUUUAUCAUACUUCUAUUAUUUUCGAUAUGUGGACCUCUGCACAAAUAAGCUUCCCAAUCAUCCAACUAUAAGGUCAACUAGCACUGGAUUGGAUAAUGAUAGUAAACUAUACGUCCAAGAAUACAAACAGCUUCUGCGGUUGGAAGUACCCCAUAUAUUGAAGAUAAUGGAAGAAUUGAAAACAGAGCUCGAUGCCAUGUACGAAAGGCACAAAGUCUCACUGGCAAAUAAUAUUGCUAGUCCAAUUUCGUAUAAGCAUAACAAUAGGAUGGAUGCCUUAUUGCAUGACUACUACACAGAAAGAGGUUGUACAGGACAUUCAAUGCAGCACAAAACUAGCCUGCACAAGAACGAAAAUUUCAACGAAAGGAUAAACUUAAUGAAGGAUAGUUUUAUGGGUAGAGCACCUAAUGGUUCCCAAGAAGUCAGAAAUGUCUCAAAUACAUUUUAUCCUGAUCUACCGACUCUAUCAUAA